AUGAAUGACAUGGAAUCAAAUGAUCGGUUGUCCUGGACAACUGUUGUUGCUCGUGGGGCGUCCAAUAAAAUAGUUCGUCCAAUGUAUCGUUCUAAGGUGCAAGACUUGGAAUCUAAGCUUUCUGGUACGGUAAUUUACCAACAUGCUGACCUGGAAAUUCAAAUCUUGGCUCGUAAAGCUGCUGCUAUUGUGCGUCAGGCUUUGACUCCUGGUUCGGUCCUUUUUUCUUUUCCGGCUCGUCUUUUUAAAGUUCGGGCAGAAGCUUAUACUGCCAUUGAGGCCAGUUGUGGUAAGAUCACGGGUGUUCGGCCACUUAGUAUGUAUGGUGGUAAGUCAACUGGUGAUCUUCUGGUGGAAGUGAAGUUUUCGCGUCCCGAAAGUACAACUAAGGCUGUCUCAACAGGUGUAAUGGUUGGUGAACUUUGUUUCAAAGCUUCCCCUUCACAUGAUGGUAUGUCAAAUAGUAAUUUGGUGCAUAUCAAGUUGAGCAUGCUAAGAAUACCUGAUGAAGAGAAUUUUGCUGCCGAUUUGAAACGGUCUCUAAAGUAUUAUGGUAAGGUGUAUCAGAUCAAGAAGUUCACUUAUCACGGUUUUUUUGAGGGUGAGGUGUCUGUUUUGUUGGAUGUUUCUGAAGGUUACCAGAAUGAUCUUGGUGAAACAUUAAAAGCCCAACCUCUGUCGAAUAGCUUGUACCUGGAACAAUGGGAUUGUUUUGCUGCUGCUUCUUUCAAAGGUGCUCUUCCUGUGUGCCAUUGGUGUAAAAUAGCUGGUCAUCUUCGAAAGGACUGUCCUGAACUGGCCAAACGGGUGUGUUUUAGUUGUAAUGGUCACGGUCAUACCGCAAAAUUUUGUAAGGCCAAAAAGAUGAACAGCGACGCCGUUGAUUUGCACGAGUAUCUGCGCGCCUGCAAUCGCGCAAAAGAUGAUGGUAUUAAUAUAUCUACGGCUGAUCCUCAUGGUUCCAUAGCUGGUGAAAAAGCUGCCACACUGGAUAAAGGCACCAAAUCUUCGAAAUGGGCUUCGGGUUCUACAAUUUUUGAUGUGGACAUGGAGUCUGUCCCUCAUGUGCAGCUUGAGGUUAGCGAGUCAGCUGAGACAAUCGGGUCUAGCAUGUGUGAUGACAUGAGUGAAGAUGAAAACAUGGCAGUUGGUACGUCUAGUGAUGUGUCGGUUGGUGCCUCUGGGUCUGGUGGUGGUUCCGGUGUGAACUCUGAUGUUGGUGAGGUGUCUCAGGUCGGUGAUAUUAGUCUUGGUUCUGUUUCCUAUGGAACUGGUGGUGAUAUGCACUAUUUGGACGGACCGAUUCAUGAGACGUUCAUCGUAUUUAUUAGUACUCCGCAAUUACGCGGUGUACCUAACAAAACCAAAUCAGUCUCAUAG